AUGGUAUAUAAGUUUCGGAAUCCAAGGAUUGGGUUUCGGGAUAUUUCACAUAUAACGAGAAGACAGAGACAAAGUGAAAAACUAUGGUGGAACAAAGAAAUAGAAGCACUCGCAGAAGAGAAAAGGCAAGCUUAUAUCAUUAUCAGGCUGAGCAGUAAACAACAAAAAGAUAGAGAUGAAUACCUGGAACUCAAAAGAAUAACAAGAAGAACAACAGUAAAAGCAAAAAGAGAAAUGUGGGAUAAGAAGUGCCAGGAAAUUAAUACCUACCUGGGAGGCAGAAAAUGUACAGAAACAUGGAAGUUCCUCAGUAAAAUAAGAACUAACGAAAGGAAAAACAAACAUCCGAUUAAUAUCCACACAAAAAUGGAAAAAGUACUAUGGGGAACUACUAACAGAAAAUAG